AAAAUGAAACUCCUGUGUAUAACCACUUUGCUUCUGGUAUCUCAAGUCACAACACAGAACACACGAUAUGACGGUCAUGAAGUGUUAAAGAUCUUUCCAAAAACAACGAAUGAAGCAAGUUAUGUUCUCAAUAUGGUACAGAAAUAUGGGUUAGAUAUAUGGCAUGUCCACCAUAACGACAGCUCUCUGGAUGUCAAAAUUUGGCCAAAAAUAUCAAGUACAGUGAAACAAGAUCUAGCCAACACGCGUAUACCUUUUUUUACUUGGAUAAAAGAUAUACAAUCGUUGAUAGAUAAACAAUUUGCUCCCAUCACAAGUCACGUUGAAAAGAGAGCAACCCAACAAUUUAUGUUUACAGUUUACCAUUCGUUCGCGCAAAUUGAAGCGUACGUAGCAAGCUUGAACAAGGAUACAGGCACUGGACCAUCAGGGGACUCAAUUUAUUCCAGUAAUAGUGUGAUUGGUUAUACUGAAGAAAAUAGACAAAUUCAUCUUGUAAAGAUAUCCAAACCCAGUAACCAAGCUAAAAAGGCUAUCUUUGUUGAUGGUGGCAUACACGCCCGUGAAUGGAUAUCACCUGCAUUUGUUCUUUAUCUCAUAGAUCAGUUGAAGUAUAACCCCGAUCAGUUACAGAGUGUGGAAGACCUUGUAGAUACAUAUGACUGGUAUAUUGUACCUGUACUUAAUCCAGAUGGAUACAGUUAUUCGUUCGCUUCAGACAGGUUGUGGAGAAAGAAUAGACGUACAAAUUCUGGUUCAACCUGUCAUGGUGUUGACCUCAAUAGAAACUUCGGUUACCAGUGGAAUCCGGCAAUUGGCGGAUCCACGAGCGCUUGUAGUGAUGUCUUUUCCGGUGUUAGUGCAUUUAGUGAAGCAGAGAGCAAAGCAAUAAGAGAUUACUUUGCCUCCGCCUCAAAUGCAGAUUUUAUUUCAUACCUUACUGUUCAUUCAUACGGUCAGAUGUGGUUAUAUCCAUGGGGAUAUACAUCGGCUUUACCAACAGACUGGGUGGACUUGGAAGCUGCUGGAAACACAGCCAGAGCUGCAAUCAGAAACAGAUUUAACACUAGAUAUACAGUUGGGUCCUCCACCAACGUUCUAUAUUCAGCUGCCGGUGGAUCAGAUGACUAUGCUAAGGGCGGAGCUGGUAUAAAAUAUUCCUACACAUUGGAGCUACGGGAUACAGGAAGAUAUGGGUUUGUGCUACCAGAAAGCAGUAUCAUUCCUACAUGCCAGGAAACAAUGGAUGGUGUCAUAGCCUUUGUCAAUGACUUGAAAAACUUACCGCAGACAAAGUAGCGAUGGCUUUUUUACAGUUGACUAAAUAAAGUCGUCAACAUUUUUGUUUGUUAUAUUUAGAUUGUUGUUAUAUGUUAUCAGUACUAUACGAACGGAAAAGGACAGCCAAAAUUAACAAAACAAAGAGCAAAACACAUCUGUAUUCGGAAAUCUGCAUGCUAAAAAAAUCGGAAAACAAACGGUGUUCAGAAAUGAUAUGCUUCAUCUUUCUUGGCAUGUUUUUGUAUAAUGAGGAAAUAAGAUACCUACAAAAAGACCUUACUUAUGAUUUUCUUUGAAUUUGAGGGAAAUUUUCCUACUAGCAAAAUCUCUCUCUUUGCCAGAAUGUCUCUCUCUUUGCCAGAAUGUCUCUCUCUUUGCCAGAAUGUCUCUCUCUUAGUCACUCAAAGGACAUUUCUUUUAACGUCAGAAAAUAGGUUUUGAAUAAGAAUCACCAUUUCAGUGACUUUUCUUUAAAUUUUGAUAUUUUAUUAUAUUUGUCAUGGUCAUGAUUUCUCAGUGAAAUUUGUGUUUAUAUCCUUCUUCAGUUGUAAGAUCCCUCUAAACCAUGACACUUGCAGUAGUUCUGGCAUUUACCAGCAUCGAAUCAUUGAAAUCUGAUUUUAGGUGUUAUUGGAAUAGCAUUACACUUGACUUUAAAUGCAGCAUUUAUACUCAAAUUCAAAUUUGUGCAAUAGGUAUGUAAAAAUGUAAAGACUGUACGUUAAAUGCGGCGACAAAUAUGCAGUUUUUACUUUAAAUUGCGAUUUCUUGAAAAUUCGUAUGCAAAAUUUUGUUUAAAAAAAAAUGAUAUGUUAACGCUGUGAACAUUUCCGUUUCAAUGAUACGAAAAUUAUUUAAACACAUUAUAAUAUCUAUACUAUUGUGAAAUCUGUUCAUGCUAGUACUUUUUAACACUGGUGUAUAUUUUGCUUGAGCACAGGAUUUUAGGAGAAAUAAAUUUUGUAACAUUGCUAUACUUAGUACUGGUAUUUUUUUAUGAUAUAUGUUAAUUCAAACUCUUUUUUUAAAGCAUUAAGAUAUAAUAGUUUGUGUUGAAAUUCUCGGAUCUGAUGUAGGAGGUAAAUUAACCAUAAGGACAAAAAAAUACAAAUGACGCACAAGCUUUCUCUGUAUGGUUAGUUACGCUACGAGGCGUUCAAAGAGGUAGUUUUGUUGAGUCGAGUGCACCGCAUAAAAGAUUUGGCCAAGUUAGCGAGUAACGAUUGUUUAUAGCUCUGCUUUGGAUUGGUAAGUUUUGUGAAAGCCUACUGUAGGUGUGCAGUUGUUGUAUAAGGUAUGUUUUUUUGGUGGUUAUACACAGAAAGAUUUGCUAGUUGCUUUAUUUAUAUGUUUUACUCCUGUAUAUGUAUCCGUAUAAACAUAAUUUAUGAUAUGGCUCUUACAAAUGAAUAUAUAAAUGAGUAUUGCAUCAAUGAAUACCUUUCAGGAUUUGGCAAGAUGAGAACACUAAUAAAAAAGACAUUUUUAUGUAUAUUUCCAAUUAGUUAAUUAGAUUGUUUAUUCAUGUACAUCGAACCCAUACCCCUUCCAUUGAGUGUAUUUCAAAUAUAUACAUGUAUAUAUACAUACAUUUUUUUCAUUUGAAAAUUGUUUAAGGUGGAUGGGGGGAGGUCUUAAUUAAAAUCCAUAGAUUUUUUAAUAAUUUGUCAAACUGUAGUUUUUAUCAUGAUUUUUUCCAAAAUAUAAUAAAAAGUAUGGGUCACCGAACUUUUUUUCACGCUACAGGUUGUGCAAAAUUGUCAGAUUUUGUAGAGAUUAUGCAUGGAAAAUCUAAUUUUGAGUGACAAAAAGAAAACUACACCAUAGAAUUUUAAGAUAAAAUGUGAGAAAAUAGCUCUUAUAACAUGCUUUCAGAUAAGAAAAGGAAAAAAUGAGGUCACUAGACUUGUUUUUCUUGCUUCAUAUUUAAAAUAGGUAAAUUCACAACACUUUCUAUUAUAAAAAUUACUUUAUCUUAGUUAUCUCCCCUUAUGUGGCAAAGUUGAAAUAAAAUGAAUCAAACAAAAAUAUUGUGUUUUUUUAGGAAAUAUAGCCGUAAAUAUCAUAAAACACAUAAUUUUCUAUAUUAGCAUGAAAAGUCUUACACAUGAAUUACAUACUACUCAAAAUUUGCACAUUUCAAAAAAGAUCUAGACUAAUUGGUAUCUGCUACUUCAAAAUCCAAGAUGGAGGAAGACACCCCAGCCACCUUAAUCUAAAAAAAAGGGGGGAAAAUAUGCACAGCCUUUUCAUAUUUAUUCAAAUUCUAAAUUUAUUUCGUUAUACAGUUUAAAUCUAUUUUUGUCAUUGUGAUUUAAGGACAGUUUAUAACAUCAUUUUCAACUGUUCCUAUGUUUAUAUUUCUUAAGAGUGUAACAGAAAUGUGUCAUGUAUAGAAUGAAAAUAAAGCAGUUCAAUAUUUAUUUUGAAAUAUA